AAUUAGAAAAAAAAAAAAUUGCGUUUAUUUAAUAUGGCGCGCCACGGUGUCGUUCCUUUCUGAAGUAUCAAACUCAUCAAUUGUAAUGUUCUCCUUCUCCCGCUGAGAAAUCAGAAAGAAAGAUCGGGAGAAAUGGAAAUCCCGAUUGAUCUGAUAAAGCAAGUCCAGAUCUCACUCCGCAAACAUGCGAAUCUCUCGUCGUACGACCCAGACGAUCCCUCUCUCCCGAAUCUUCCGUCGCCGGAGGAAGCCGUUGCGGCGCUCGAUUCUUCGCCGCCGUACCUCCGGUGUCGGCAUUGCAAGGGCAGACUCCUCCGUGGAGUACAGUCUCUUAUUUGUGUCUUUUGCGGCCAAGAAGCCUUCAACGACGUCGUACCCGACCCUCUCAAUUUCCGAAACACUCUUGGCUAUCGCUGGCUGCUCGAAUCCCUGAAUUUGGACGGAUCGGAGACUGUGGCACCACCUGGUGAAGUAAAUAAUUCGCAAAGAGGAAGGACUGCUCCGAAAGAUGAAUUGCCAUUGUCUGAUCUUCUAAAUUUAGAGAUAAAAUGGCCAUCUGAGUUGGAGAAAUUUGGAUCUCGUCUCUCAAAUGAAACACCAGUACAGAGCAAAAGUUCCUUGAAUUUGUCUGGAGUAAAUAUUGAGAACUUCUUUGCUCAGAAAGAGAAAGGGGCUUCUUCUAACGUAUCUGCAGAGCCGUCAAUGUCUAGCAACCAGAUUGAUGGUGGGGAAAUUAGACAAGGUCAUGAAAUUGAUGAUUUGUUUGAGAGUGCUAAGCUUUCUGGAACUGUUCAUGAGAAUCUUAGUUUGUUUGAGAAUGCUAAGCCUUCUGAAACCGGUCGUGAGAAUCUUACUUUGUUUGAGAAUGCCCAGCCUUCCAAAACCUCUGUGUCAUCUACUGAAAGUGAGAGUAAAAAUUUGUCUGAUUCUGGUUGGGGAACAGAUUUUCAAUCUGCCGCUUCGGCAACACCUCAUAAGGACUCAACAUCAUUUGAUCCUUUCAUGGGUUCCACAGAUCUUUCUACUCACAUGGAUGAAGUAUUUGGUCCCGCAAAAGACUCUAUUGGCAAGAAGGAUGAAGAGACAGUUGGAUCUGCAUCCAUGGCUAGUGAUUGGUUUGUAGAUGAUGCACAGAAAAAUUCCAACUCGGGGUUAAAUAGUCCUUUGGAGGACUUUAAAACGACCGCAAAUGUGAAUAAUGAAAACAUAGUGGGAAAUGUGAAUUAUUCUUCAUCUACCGAUGUUGAUUGGGUCGAAGACAAUAGAUGGCAAAGUAACAGCAAAAAUGAACCUGGCAGUAAGGCUGAUGAGGAAAAUGAUUCGUUUGACGAUGGCGACUGCCGACUGGGUGGGUGGGAGCCGGGAGGAAGGAAAAAUGAAACGGAAGAGAAGAGUGAAAGAAUUUGA